CCAUGUCACUGCUUUCAUCGCCGCUACCGCAACCACCGUCAUCAUUGUCACUGCUGCAAAAUCAUUCACGUGCCCCCAUCACGGUGGAGUUGGAAUAUGUCUUCAGAAAGUUCGAUGCAAACGGGGACGGGAGAAUCUCGUCGUCGGAACUGGGGUCCAUGAUGAAGUGCCUCGGCCAACAUGCCACCGAAGAGGAGGUUUUCAGAAUGAUCCAAGACGUUGAUUGCGACGGCGAUGGGCACAUCAAUUUGCAGGAGUUCAUCGAGUUAAACACCAAGGGUGUGGACUCCGACGAGGUCCUUGAGAAUCUCAAAGAAGCUUUCUCCAUUUUCGACAUCGACGGCAACGGCUCCAUCACCGCGGAGGAGCUCCACAUGGUCAUGGCGAGCCUCGGCGAUGAGUGCUCCAUCGACGAGUGCCGCAGAAUGAUCGCCGGCGUCGACGGUGACGGCAACGGCAUGAUAAAUUUCGAGGAGUUUAAGAUCAUGAUGACAGGGAACACAUAAAUGAAUGAACAUAAUCGACCCAUCGAAUCAAAAAAGGUUUUUUUUUUUGUUCAAAACUUUUGGUCUCAAAAUUUUGUUUCUGUUCGUUCGCUUCUUUCUUUCUUUUUCCCUCGACAAAUCAACGUGGAUAGAUGCGUGUGGGUGGGUGCGCGUGUUUCCUAGGUUGUUUUUUUUUUGUUUUUUAUUCAUCAAUUCAUUUCGGGGGAAAUCAAAGAGGUGUAAGUGAUUC